GUUGCUAAUUAUACUAAAAUAAGUGAUAUUAACAUAAUUACUUGAAAUAUUUAGACAGAAUAAACAAUCUAACAUCAUUUUGUUCGCGCUUAUAGGUGACAGCUCUGAAAAUACGUUUUAAAAACCGUUUAAAUUGUGUUUAAACUUACUUUAAAGUGAAGAUAAUAGCAUGCAUUAAUUUGGGGAUAUUGUUUAAAAUGGUGAAAAUCCACUUUGCCACAAAAUGUAGUGAUAAUUGGGAAAGCACAAUUUUCACUUUCCUUCUCUUUCUGCACCUUGAAAACAGCCUUCUUACAAACUAAACCCUAAACAACUUUAUUUAUUCAAUUAAUUAUUUAUAUCAUGUCAGAGCAUGUGCUUAGCCUACACCAUUUACCCCGUUUGACACAGCCUUGCUCUUCUCUCUUGAGGCAUGAGCUCUAUAAAAUAUGCACUCUAUGCAGAACAGAUUAGGGAAUAACAUGGAAAGGAACAUCUAAAUAAUUUCUUGUGCCAGAUAAUUAUGUUAUAUCAGUGUAAUAUGUCUCAGACAUUUACAGUCAGCAUGUUUAAUUUUCAGCCUGCGUGGUGAACAGACAACCACUAGAGGGCAAGCCUUCAUUUCCUAAUGGUGUAAAAUGUUUCUCUCUCAGACUGACGUGGUAUUUUUUUAAUCACAGGAUCUUCAGAACACUUUGAUCUUCAGAUGAUUUGCUUCGCUUCAUGGAUCACAGUAAUAUUGUCAUUAAUAUUCUCUGUAACUCAGCAGACAGAUGAGACAAAACAGUGCAAAGCUGUGUCAUCUUUUACAAAAGGAUGCUGUUUCUCCUCCCCAUCUGCCAUCAGGCAGCUUUUCAGGAGUUUGCACAGCUACAAGGCAGACACAUUAUAUCUUACUCAGGAUUUAUGUUGGCAAAUUGUCACAACUUCUGCAGUUUUUAAGAGUAACAGUAUACUGUUUUUGUCCUCAGUGACCCUGUCUGUUGCAGUCCCCGGUUGCUCCACUGCUUAUCCCCGCCUCCUCCACCCCCCCACUCCCUUUCCAUCUCUGCCUUGGCUGAAGCUGGCUGGCUGGCACUAUUAUCAAUUCCUUCUGUCAGCAUGCCGGCAAAAAAAUUGCUUACGUCAUAGUCAUUACUGGCUCUAUAAAAGCCGGGGUAAUGCAGAUUCUCAGUGCAGUCAGCCCAGCUACAUUCCUAGACGUAGUGCAGCCCGUCUCUCAAGCCAUGACUUCCAUCGGCUUUGACCCUUACUUCCCAUCGUCUUACAAGAGGAGAGUAGUCGUGCGUAAUGUAGGAUAUGGAGCAGGUGGAGGAAUAGGAUCUAGGUCUGCUUACUCAACCCAUUCUGCUCCAAUAACUUCUUAUGCAUCUUCACGCAGAAGUUAUCCCACACACGCCCGGGCUGUUUCCAGCUACUCCUCCGUGCUCUCUGCUCCAGUGUCUGCAGCUGCCACUGAGCUACGCUUGGACCAAGCAGCCCAGGUCAGCUCCGAGUUUAAAUCAAUCAGGACCCAGGAGAAGGCUGAGCUGCAGGACCUGAAUGAUCGCUUUGCAAGCUUCAUCGAGAGGGUCCAUGAGCUGGAGCAGCAGAACAAGCUGCUGGAGACUGAGCUCCUGCUGCUCAGGCAGAGGCAGACGGAGCCAUCCAACAUCCGGGCCCUGUACGAGCAUGAGAUCCGCCAGCUCCGUGCCGCUGUAGAAGAGGCCCGCCAUGAGAAGCAGGCAGCCCAGGAUCACAGGGAUGAGAUGGAAAAUGUGUUGAGGAACAUGCAGAAGCGCUAUGAGGAUGAAGUGCUUGGCAGAGAGGAAGCAGAGGGCCGGCUCAUGGAUGCCAGGAAGGAAGCCGACGAGGCUGAACUGGGCCAGGCUGAGCUGGAGAAAAGGGUCGGGACCCUGCUGGAUGAGCUGGCCUUCCUGAAGCGCCUCUGUGAGAGUGAGAUCGCAGAGCUGCAGGCCCAAAUACAGUACAGCGCCGAUGUAUCAGUGGAGAUGGAGAUCACCAAGCCCGACCUGUCUGCUGCUCUCCGUGACAUCCGAGUCCAGUACGAGAAGCUGGCGCAACAAAACCUUCAAGCGGCCGAAGACUGGUUCUGCAGCAAGAUGAAUGUGAUGACAGUCAGCGCCACUCGCAACACAGAUAGUGCACGUUCUGCCAAAGAUGAGGCUGGAGAUUACCGCCGGCUCCUCAAGUCCAAGACGCUGGAGAUCGACGCCUGCCGCGAGAUGAAUCACGCACUGGAAAACCAACUGCAGGAAGUGGAGGCGAAGCAGAGCGCUGAGAUCUCUGCACUGCAGGAUACAAUCGGUCAGCUGGAGGAUGAGCUGAGAGCAAACAAGAACGACAUGGCUCGUUACUUGAAAGAUUAUCAGGACCUCUUGAAUGUGAAGAUGGCCUUGGAUAUUGAAAUCGCAGCCUACCGGAAACUCCUGGAAGGAGAGGAGAAUCGCUUGAAUGUGGCAGCACCGGGAUCUUUCAUGUACGCUGCUCCGUCCUAUGGAAGAUCACAGUUCUCCUUCCAGUCUCAGCUGAGCUCUGCAGCUCCGUACCUGCUGAGCAGUCGCCUGUACACUUCAUCGCUCUCCACAGAGGAGACAAUAUCCGCAAGCAAAGCACAGCAGGCGGAGGCCAGCCCUCCUAAAGAGGAGGAGCAGGAGGAGGAAGAAGAGCAGGUCGAAGAGGAAGAGAAGGAGGAAGAGGAGCAGGGAGAAGAAGAGGAGGCAGAGGCACAGGCAGAGGAGGAUCAGGGAGAAGAGGGGGAAGAAGAGGAGGCUGAGGCGGAAGAAAAAGAGGAGGAAAAAGAAGAGGGAGAGGAAGAGGCAGAAGGAGAAGGUGAGGCAGAGGCUGGAGAGAAAGAAGAGGCUGGAGAGAAAGGAGACGAGGGGGACGGAGGAGAGGAGGGAGAGGCUCAAGAAGAGGAGGACGCUGAGAAGAAAGAGGACGAGGGUGAUGACGAGGGUGAGAAGGUGGAGGAAGAACCUGACAAAGAAGAAGAGGGGGAGGCUAAAGAGAAAGAUGGAAAAAAGACAGAUAAGAAAGUUUAAAUAUGAGUGCUUUAAAAAUAACCUGCUAGCUCUGUAGC